GGUGUGGUCUUCACAAUACUAGAAGUAACUGAUGCUCAACUUGGAAAUCCGAUUGUCUGAACAACAGCUUAGGUUUAUAUGAUAUCAAAGGAAGGAAGCAGCCUUUGGUCGAAGUAUAGUUCUGGUGAGUGAAAUUUGAUGCAUAAAAUUUCACCAAAUCAGAAAAUUACGAAGAGCGUCAUCGAUGUAAUAUAUUUGUCCAAUUUGAAGAUUAAAGCCCAAUCUGGCGGGAAAGGUUGCCUUACUGUUCCUACUGACUAGCGGGUAUCAGGUCAAGUUAACAUCGGCCAGAGCAAGGUCAUGUAUACCGGGAGUAGAAGCUUUUAUAAAUGGACGUUGUAUUCCUUGUACUUGUCCUAACGGCUUUGUAAGGCAAAAUAAACAGAAGUUUUACCUAUUUCCGUCACCCGGUGUGAAAUCUUGAGAAAAGCCUCAUUGUUAUAAGUAACUCCAUUAUAUUGUAACAUCAUAGUUUGUGAUUAGAACUUAUAUAUAUAACUUUCAUUUAAACUCAGAUAAAAAGCACGAAUGUUUAACAUGUUAUAUAUGUAUUAUUCAUCUUCUACAUACUACUGAAACAAUCAUCAAUAUUACUUUGAUUUUCAUGUUUUGCUGUUAAUGUUAACAAAGCCUUAAUUCUGAUUUUAAAGUCUGUAUUGAUAAGUAAGUUAUUAAAAUUUUACCGAGCUGAUGAUGUGCCCUCUCUUUCAGUCAAAUUCUGUAGGCGAGAGUGUUCCAACAGGGUGUCCAGAAUGUGUCCGCUGUCCGAGAGGAACAUUCAGCCAGCCCUGGACGAAGAACACCUGUAUCAGCUGUUCUACACCGUGUGGCGAAAUGAACAGGAAAUCAUUACUCGCCUGUAAUGCUACAACCAACAGGAGAUGUGGGGAAUGUCUGAAAGGAUUUUACAUGGCUUUCCACCAUGAUGAAGAGUGUGUAAGCUGUAGAAAUGAUCGUCUCAAUAGACCAGAAUGUUUACAAUAUCGACAGAUAGUUGUCUCCACCUCCUACCCAACAAGCAAGGUGCCAAUAGACAGAGGACCAACGCUAUCCAACAAAGAUUCAGCAACCCAAAGAGAAGGAAAAUCUGAAAUUCUUAUCAGCGUGGUGUUGGUUCUGAUGGCGGGUGCUAUUAUCGGUGUCAUUGUGUUGAUUUUUGUAAAAAGCAAGACAGGUGGUCGAGAUUCCUUGGGAACAGAUAAAACCCAAGGCAAUCCAUGGGGAAGUACCUCGACAAAACUUGAGGAGACGGAUUUGGAAGCAGACUGUAUACCUUUACAGGAAAAUCUAAAUGAAAAUAACGGAGUCCAUCUGAAUGCAGCAUUUGACGUUACCAUCACACGUGAUGACCCUUUGCUUCUGCGCGUUGCCAAGCACAUUGAUAAUGAACCAGGGGAAAUCUUUGAAGACUUAGGAAUUCCUAAAAACAUCUAUUUCCAAACUGAGAAGAACAUCCGUAGCCAGGUGGGGUCUCAGAUUGCUGACGUGUACUAUGGUGUAUUACAAAAGUGGGUGGAAAGAAGUGGCAGGUCAGCAACAAAGCGAGUGCUGUUCAGAGCUUUCGAAAAGUUCGAUAUGACUUCGGUAUGUCAAGUGUUGAUUGAUGACGCGAAAAGUUUCUGAAGAUAUAGAAACUAUUUCACCAAUAAACAGAAUGAUUAGUGUUUCAUAGUGUAUUAAAUCACUUUUUAAUGUUUUGGUUAAAUACACGUGUCUGUAAAUAGUUAAUUUUUUUUCGUAUUUAUUUCUUAAAUGAAAUAGAAAAAGUU